AUGGAGGACCGCCACGUCGCUGCCGUCGCGCUCGCCGGGGACCGCGCGCAGGCCCUCUUCGGCGUGUUCGACGGCCACGGCGGGAAGGGCGCCGUGGAGUUCGCCGCGGACAACAUGCCGCGGAUCGUGGCGGAGGAGCUUGAGAGGUCGGCGCGAAGCGGAGGACGCGCGGCGGUGGAGGGCGCCGUCCGGCGUGCGUACCUGCGCACGGACGAGGAGUUCUCCACCACCUCCUCCAAGAACCGGGAGCAGGCGGGCGGCGGGGCCUGCUGCGUGACGGCGCUGCUCCGCGAGGGCGGGCGGCAGCUGGUGGUGUCGGGCGCCGGGGACUGCCGCGCGGUGCUGAGCCGCGGCGGCAGGGCGGAGGCGCUCACCGACGACCACCGAGCGUCGCGGCAGGACGAGCGGGACCGGAUCGAGGCGCUGAAGGGCGGGCUGGUGCUCAACUGCCGCGGCGUAUGGCGGGUGCAGGGCUCGCUGGCCGUGACCCGGGGCAUCGGCGACGCGCACCUCAAGCCGUGGGUGGUGGCGGAGCCGGAGACGAGGACGGUCGACGUGGGCGCCGACUGCGAGCUGCUCAUCCUCGCCUCCGACGGGCUGUGGGACAAGGUGGGCAGCCAGGAGGCCGUCGACGCGGCCGCCGCCUCCUCCGGCGACCUGCCCGCCGCGUGCCGCCGGCUCGUCGACAUGGCCGUGUCCAGGGGCUCCUCCGACGACAUCAGCGUCCUCGUCGUCCAGCUCCAGCGCCGUCCUCUCCGAUAA